CUCUAGGUUCAAGGUUUUCUCCUUCAGAUCUUUAUGGAUGUUUCACGUUGUGAGGCCGUUCGAAUAAUGGCUUGCAUUGCCCUCCUAGACAGUGUCCCUCCUCAACCUGUAGUAAUAGCCAUGGCCAAUGCAAUGCUGUAUGAGGAGAAUCUCCAUAUUGCCAGUUUUGUGUACUCUCACAUGAAGGCUAUAACAAAGAUCAGGGACUUUGCCUACUACAACCUGGCUUCUUAUUGCUCUAUGGCCCUCAGAAUUCUGAGCCCUAGGUUUGAUGGACUGAGCUCCCCUUUCAACAAGGCUCUGUUUUUCACCUUUUUCAACACUUUUCUAAACAAUGGGUUUACUAUGAAAUUCUUCGUGUCUGGUGACAAUAGAUAUCCUUCAAAUAUCCUCUUGAAAACAUAUUUAACGAUUUCCCAUAACACCAUUGAACCGCUAGAGAUUGCACUGCAAGUUCAAGGUCUAGAUAAAUUGUUUGAGGAAUCAGUUAGCCAGUCUGACCAAUCCGCUACCAAACAGAAGAUCAAAGAUACCCAAGACAAGCUUCCAGGAUACCAAGAAUUAACUGCCAGAGAGCCCUUCAUUGGUGCAUCAGUCAAAUUUCUAGGAAACGAUGUUAUAUAUUUAACUUCUGAAGAAAUGAAACCACAAUGGAAGGCGGAAGGGUUAAGACCAGCUAUGAUCAAAGUGUGGAUGACAUGUUUGGAAAUCCUUUUGAAAAUGGUCAACACUCAAUUCAGCCAAUACCACAUUGUAGAUAUGGGACAAGUUUUACCUACAGCUCCUGGUCUCCCAUUCCAAAUAACAGCUAAUAUUGUUGGGGGAGCAGAUGUAACUUGGAAAGCAAAAUCAGAAAUAUUUCAGAACGAUGUCAGAGCAGCCAAAAUACAAGCACAACUCGAUAGCCAUGUUCGCAUCCAUGGUCAGGUAUCGAUGAGCUGGGAAGUUAAGGCAGACUCUUUUGCUAAUGGAAUAGAAAUGUCUGGUGACAUCCAUUCAGAUACUGCACUCAAAAUGAAUCUUUUGCUGGACAUGCCACAAAACAGAUUUAAAGUAGAACUUGAUAAUCUUCAGGAGCAGCCUAAUACACUGAUUUCAAGUCAUAGAGCACAGGCUGUAGUAAGGUGCGGAAGUUUUAUGGAAACAGCUGCAAUUCUUCCCACACCAGUUGAAAUUGAAGAGUGGGAUGAAGAACCUGGCAAAGGCAACGUCAAAGUCAAACAACAAUCUCAAAGUAGCCAGAAACCUCAAGAGCGAUGGGACAGUUGCUGGCCUCUAGCUUGGGUCCCGAUAAACCUAUGUGCAAGAACCAUCAAGACAAAAGGAUAUGCGCCCUACCAGAAUUCAUUGUUACAUAUGUUGUGCAGUGAACAUGAAAUGAAGUUUUCGUAUCAACCAGCAGAUCCUGGUUUGACUAAGAUCCUAGUAGAUGUCAACCUAGACUCUGCAAAAAUUAGGAUGAGAAGAGAACUGGAACCCGAAAAUGAAGAACAACAACAACUGAAAGGAGAACAACAGGAGGCUGAUAUGAAAGAUCAGAAGAGUCCAGAGCAGAGACGACUGAAGAAGCCAGGCCAGGAUACCAAGCAGCCAGAUCAGGACGCUGCCUCUUCUGUAGUGAAAAAUGGGAAAGACAAAAAUCAAGGUGGUAUCAGCAGCAGCAGCAGUUCCACCUCCAGCAAGGACAGCAACAGCGAGGAUACCAGUGAAAGCAGCAGCAGCAGCAGAAGCAGCGACAGCAAGGAGAGCAGCAGCAGCCAGUCCCAACAGAGUGGGAUAAAGAGUUCUUCCCAGAGCCAGUCUAGUAAGAGUUCUUCCAGCAGCAGUGACAGCAGUGAAAGCAGCAGCGGCAGUGACAGCAGAGACAGCAGCAGUGACAGUAGCAGCAGCAGUGACAGUAGCAGCAGCAGCAGUGACAGUAGCAGCAGCAGCAGAGACAGCAGCAGUGACAGGAGCAGCAGCAGUGACAGUAGCAGCAGCAGCAGUGACAGCAGCAGUGACAGUAGCAGCAGCAGUGACAGUAGCAGUGACAGUAGCAGCAGCAGCAGUGACAGCAGCAGUGACAGUGGCAGCAGCAGUGACAGUAGCAGCAGCAGCAGUGACAGUAGCAGCAGCAGCAGUGACAGCAGCAGUGACAGCAGCAGUGACAGUAGCAGCAGCAGUGACAGUAGCAGCAGCAGCAGUGACAGCAGUAGCAGUAGCAGCAGUGACAGUGACAGCAGCAGCAGCAGCAGUGACAGCAGCAGCGACAGCAGCAGUAGCAGUAGCAGCAGUAGUGACAGCAGCAGUAAGAGCAGCGACAGUGAGGACAGUACCGUCGAGAGCAAAAGCAGUGAGAGCAGCAGUGAGUGCGAUGACGUUGAGGAAAAGGUAAUUAUGAUGUCAUUUCUUUGAAUAUAGUUAAUGGGA